ACUAGUACUUCAUACAAAUCACGUUUCCCAAUAUUGCAUUUUCCACUGGACAAGUCAACAAGGAAUUUAAUUAAUUGAUGCGCACUUUAAUCACUUGACACAACACACUGUCGUGCUGUGCUGCCCCACGAAAAGGCUUUGUUAUUUUCUCCCAUCUGUCUUUUUCUCAAUUUUCCUUGUUUUCUUCUCCGAACCAUCCCCAUCGGAAUCUGCUUAAACCCUUUUGACCAUACGUCGUCGUUUCGGAACAUGGACGACUACCUGAAUUUAUUCAUAGAGGAGACAUCGUUUUACAAUCGGGUGGUUUUAGGUACAUUCUUACCGGAAUCAUGGUGGGGUCCACUUCCUCAUUGGUUUCAGGGUUGGCUCAGGAAUUACAUUGGUGGGGUGUUACUUUACUUUAUAUCUGGUUUUCUUUGGUGCUUCUACAUCUAUCGCCUGAAGCGCAAUGUCUAUAUCCCUAAAGAUGCCAUCCCUUCAAAUAGAGCUAUGCUCUUGCAAAUAGGAGUUGCCAUGAAAGCUAUGCCAUUUUAUUGUGCUCUUCCGUCACUUUCUGAGUAUAUGAUUGUAAAUGGGUGGACAAAAUGUUUCUCAAGAAUUAGCGACGUUGGAUGGCUUUCCUACCUUAUCUAUAUGGCAGUUUAUUUGGUAAUAGUAGAAUUCGGCAUCUACUGGAUGCAUCGCGAGUUGCAUGACAUAAAACCUCUGUACAAAUAUCUCCAUGCUACACAUCAUAUUUACAACAAGCAAAAUACACUCUCCCCAUUUGCUGGUUUGGCGUUCCACCCAUUGGAUGGAAUACUGCAGGCAGUGCCACAUGUAGUAGCUCUUUUCCUGUUGCCUGUACAUUUUACGACACACAUAGCUCUCUUAUUCAUCGAAGCCAUAUGGACUGCAAAUAUCCAUGACUGCAUACAUGCGAAGGUGUGGCCAGUUAUGGGUGCUGGCUACCAUACCAUCCACCAUACUACGUACCGGCAUAAUUAUGGUCAUUACACAAUAUGGAUGGACUGGAUGUUCGGAACACUUCGUGAUCCUGUAGAAGAUGAGGUCAAGAAAAUGUAACAUUCUUCUCUGCAACCAACGGUCUCGUUGUUUGUUUUCCUAGUUAUUAGGCUGCCCUGUGGCUGGUGCUUCAUUAAGAGUUCUGUCUUGUGUGCAUUUCGUGGAUGUAAAUUUUAUUAUUGGUAGUUUUUCAAGUUGUAGACUGAAAACAAUUAUGCUAGAAAAAAAAAAAUGUGUUAUGGUCCCUAA